CUGGCCCGGAGGUGGAUGAGGAGGUAGGCCUAAAGGGCAGAAGGCGGGGAGGUGGGGGAGAUCCGCUCUCCACGCCUCUACCGGUAAGACUGUCAGCCAUAUUUCUGAGUCCGGGAGAGAAGAGGUUCCCUGAGCAGACAGAACCGGAGGAGGAGGCUGCACCGGCCCGGAUGUACACGGCACUGACUGUAGAUAGACGAGAUACUCCCGGGACACAGACGGGUCUCCGGGUACAGCGACACUUUGGAGGCGCAGGCCGGCCGAGCGUCACGGAGGACUUCCUCUUCUUCUGGGUUUUAUGAGAGCGGAACGCAGAGAGAAGAGCCAUGCCGAAACCUAUCAACGUGCGUGUCACCACCAUGGACGCAGAGCUGGAGUUUGCCAUCCAGCCGAACACGACAGGAAAACAGCUGUUCGACCAGGUGGUGAAGACAGUAGGCCUUAGGGAGGUUUGGUUCUUCGGUCUCCAAUACACCGACAGCAAGAGUUACAUCACCUGGCUCAAACUCAACAAGAAGGUGACCCAGCAGGACGUCAGGAAGGAGAACCCUCUGCAGUUUAAGUUCAGAGCAAAGUUCUACCCUGAGGACGUGUCUGAGGAGCUCAUCCAGGAGAUUACCCAGAAGCUCUUCUUCCUGCAGGUGAAGGAGUCGAUCCUGAACGAUGAGAACUACUGUCCCCCAGAGACGGCGGUACUGCUGGCGUCCUACUCCGUCCAGACCAAGUAUGGAGACUACAACAAAGAAACACACACACCUGGAUACCUGGGCUCAGACCGGCUGCUGCCCCAGAGAGUACUGGAGCAACAUAAGCUGACUAAGGAGCAGUGGGAGGACAGAAUACAGACGUGGCACGAAGAACACCGAGGCUUACUCAGAGACGACUCUAUGAUGGAGUACCUGAAGAUCGCCCAGGACCUGGAGAUGUACGGGGUCAACUACUUUGACAUCAAGAACAAGAAGGGGACGGAGCUCUGGCUCGGAGUGGACUCCCUAGGGCUCAACAUCUAUGAGCACGACGACAAGUUGAGUCCCAAGAUUGGCUUCCCUUGGAGUGAGAUCAGGAACAUCUCCUUCAGCGACAAGAAGUUUGUCAUCAAACCCAUUGACAAGAAGGCUCCAGACUUUGUAUUCUACGCGCCGCGUCUGCGCAUCAACAAGCGCGUGUUGGCGCUGUGCAUGGGGAACCACGAGCUGUACAUGCGGCGGAGGAAGCCCGACACCAUCGAGGUGCAGCAGAUGAAGGCCCAGGCCCGCGAGGAGAAGCACCACAAGCAGAUGGAGAGAGAUCAGCUGGAGAACGAGAAGAAGAAGCGGGAGCAUGCGGAGAGAGAGAGGGAGAAGAUAGAGAGAGAGAAGGAUGAACUGAUAGAGAGACUGAGACAGAUAGAGGAGCAGACACACAGAGCUCAGAAAGAGCUGGAGCAGCAGACCCUCAAAGCCCUCCAGCUGGACCAGGAGCGGAGGAGGGCCCAGGAGGAGGCCGGGCGGCUCGAGAAGGAGAGGCAUGCGGCCGAGGAGGCCAAGACCGCGCUGACCCAGCAGGCCGCGGACCACAUGAAGAACCAGGAGACCCUGGCUGCUGAGCUGGCAGAGUUUACAGCCAAGAUCGCACUGCUGGAGGAAGCCAAGAGGAAGAAGGACGAAGAGGCGUCAGAGUGGCAACACAAAGCCAUUUCAGCCCAGGAGGACCUGGAGAAGACGAAGGCGGAGCUUCACACUGCGAUGAUGCCCCCGGCACCGGCGGACGAGCAGGACGAGGCCAGCGGGGAGGCCAGCGCUGAGCUGCUCAGCGAGGGAGGGGGCGGCCAGCGCAGCGAGGAGGAGCGCGUCACCGAGGCCCAGAAGAACCAGCGCGUCAAGCAGCAGCUACAGGUUCUGAGUUCGGAGCUGGCCGAGGCCCGAGAUGACACCAAGAAGACCCAGAAUGACGUGCUGCACGCCGAGAACGUGCGAGCCGGGCGGGACAAGUACAAGACCCUGAGACAGAUCCGCCAGGGGAACACCAAGCAACGCAUCGACGAGUUCGAGUCCAUGUGAGGCAGCAGGACUUCAGUAGAGGAAGAGAGAGACCCCGAGAAGGAGAGAGACAGAGAGACAGAGAGAGAGAGAGAGAGAGGAGGGACUGGGUGCUACGACGCAUCGUCACAGAAGAGAGUGAGCGAGCGACACAGAAGAGACAGACACUGCGACUUAAAGAGAGAGCCUUAUUGUCACGCCAAUGCUUUCUCCCCAAUUUUGCCUCCUUUCCCCCCAUCUUCUAGGGAAUACAAAGGGGGCAACUGGGCAUGUCCUCCAAUACCCCACUAGUGCCCCCCCCCUGAUCCAACGACCACCCCGUCCUAAGAAUACAUCCUGCGACAGGAUUGGCUGCCAGCAGGACCAGCUGGACUUCAGCGUUAAUUUAAUGGCUAACAACUCGCAUGUACAUCUAGACCCAACACGAUGGAUGGAUGUCAGUGUGUGGAGCUAACGGCUUGCACAAACCACAACAUGGCUGGACUUCAGCUUACUGCUUACAGCUAGCAUGUACAUCUAGACCUAAAAGAUGGAUGGACUUCAGCUUACAGCUAACAGCUAGCAUGUACAUCUAGACCCACAAGAUGGACUUCCGUGUCAAGCUAACAGUUAACCGCUUGAAACCUAGCACAAACCCUAAGAUAGAUGGGUGAAGAUAAAGACUGUUUGAUAUCUUGUUUUUAUUUAUCGGGGAAAUAAAGCAGCCAUUUGUAGCUUUUUAA